AUGCAUCGUCAAUCGAUCGUACGGCUCACUCGCCAGUGUGGGGGACUUCCGCUGGUCGAAUUGCCUCCUCCCUAUCUCGCUCCCUCGCUCCAUUUCUCCCUGAUCCGGUCGCCCGUUCAGUGCUCGAGUUUUUCUUCGACCGCCGUCGCCGCUGGCCGUGAACGUGAUUUGAGCAAGUCUCGCGGUGUUUCUGCUAUUCACCGCACUGGUCCCAAGUUCAGAUUGGGGGUGUCCAAAUACCCAUUGCCAAAGCCUGUCUCGCCUGACGCACUCGAGAAGCGUUACCCGACUCCGGAUCAUGGACUCUGGGGUUUCUUCCCCAAGGAUAAAUCGGCAUUGAGCACGCCCGAGUACGAUGUCGCUCAUGGCCGCUCCUGGUCCAUCCAAGAACUCCGCGAGAAGUCUUGGGAUGACCUUCAUUCCUUGUGGUGGGUUUGCGUCAAGGAGCGUAAUCGCAUAGCUACCUCCAACUUGGAGAGACAGCGUUUGAAGGCGGGUUAUGGAGAGUGGGAGGCCAACGAUCGAGACAAAGUGAUUCGCGUCACGCAGAAGAGCAUCAAGCACGUUCUCCGGGAGAGAUGGUACGCCUGGGAAGAUGCUCAGCGACUUUAUAAGAAUGGCUACCGCCCGCAAGACGAGGACAACCAGGAAUAG